CAACCCACCCUCCGGCCCCCCUCGCUCGGCGGCCCCGCCUCGGGCGCACCGACGUCAGCGCACGUCAGGGCCGAGCCCCUCGCCCUCCCUCCCCCGCGGGUUCCGCUGUCCCGCCGCUCCUGCUCCCCGCGUCCCGCCUUGGGCUCCCGCAGCCGCCGCCCCAGCUCGGCCCGGCUCCCGACCCCGCUCCGCUCCCCAGCAGCCGCGCAGCGCGAAGAUGGCGGCGUUCAAAUUCGUCCUGCCGCCCCUCGGCCGCCGCAUCCUACUCCCCGCCGCACGGAGGGCUGAGAUCUGUGGUUGUUAUUUUUCUACCAGCUGUCAUCGCAACACCAAAUUUUACACUGAUCCUGUUGAAGCUGUAAAAGAUAUACCCAAUGGGGCAACUGUACUUGUUGGUGGUUUUGGAUUGUGUGGGAUUCCUGAAAACCUCAUUGGGGGUUUACUGAAGACUGGGGUAAAGGGAAUAACAGCAGUCAGUAACAAUGCAGGUGUUGACAAUUUUGGACUUGGUCUUCUGCUUCAGACAAAGCAGAUAAAACGCAUGGUGUCAUCGUAUGUUGGAGAGAACGCUGAGUUUGAACGCCAGUAUUUAUCUGGUGAGCUUGAAGUUGAGCUUACACCACAGGGUACACUUGCUGAACGUAUUAGAGCAGGAGGAGCAGGAAUCCCAGCAUUUUACACCAGUACUGGUUAUGGGACGCUGGUGCAGGAAGGGGGUGCACCCAUCAAGUACAACACAGAUGGCACCAUUGCCAUUGCCAGCCAGCCAAGAGAGGUGAGGGAGUUUGAUGGCCGUCACUUUAUUCUCGAGAAAUCUAUUACAGGAGAUUUUGCUCUUGUGAAGGCAUGGAAGGCUGAUCGUGCAGGAAACAUAAUUUUCAGGAAAACUGCAAGAAACUUCAACCAACCUAUGUGCAAAGCUGCAAAAACCACUGUAGUGGAGGUAGAAGAAAUCGUUGAUAUAGGAGCAUUUGCCCCAGAAGACAUUCAUGUUCCCAAAAUCUAUGUUGAUCGUCUGUUACAAGGAGAGAAGUUUGAGAAGAGAAUUGAACGCUUAUCAAUCCGAAAGCCUGAAGACUCAACAGCCAAGCAAAAAAAAGGAGACAAUGUGAGGGAGAGGAUCAUCAAACGGGCUGCAUUGGAGUUUGAGGAUGGCAUGUAUGCUAAUCUGGGUAUUGGUAUCCCACUGUUGGCCAGUAACUUCAUCAGUCCAGACAUAACUGUUCACUUACAGAGUGAAAAUGGAGUCCUGGGUUUGGGUCCUUAUCCACUUGAAAAUGAAGUAGAUCCAGAUCUGAUUAAUGCAGGUAAGGAGACAGUCACUGUUCUUCCAGGUUCUUCCUAUUUCUCUAGUGAUGAAUCAUUUGCAAUGAUAAGAGGAGGCCAUGUUGAUUUGACGAUGCUUGGAGCUAUGCAGGUGUCUAAGUACGGUGACCUGGCCAACUGGAUGAUUCCUGGUAAGAUGGUGAAAGGAAUGGGGGGUGCAAUGGACCUGGUAUCCAGUGCGCAGACCAAAGUGGUUGUCACCAUGGAACACUCAGCCAAGGGAAAUGUCCAUAAAAUCCUGGAAAAAUGCAGUUUACCACUUACUGGGAAGCAAUGUGUUGACCGCAUCAUUACAGAAAAGGCAGUGUUUGAUGUGGACAAGAAGAAGGGAUUGACCCUCAUAGAAAUCUGGGAAGGACUGACAGUAGAUGAUAUCAAGAAAAGCACUGGCUGUGACUUCGCAGUUUCACCAAAACUAAUACCAAUGAGGCAGAUUUAACUGCGAAUUACAGACUGGGCUAAAUUCGCGAGAAGGCUUGUUUCCAAAUGGAAUAAAUCGAUGACCGUCUUGCAAUGUUACUUUUUUUUUCUUUUUCUUUUUCUUUUUUUUUAAGGGCUCUCUAGGUAGUUUCCAGAUAGUUAAACUCAGGCUUGACUAUAUGUUUAAUUGUAUUCUGCUUUCAUAACAUUACCAGCUUUAAUGGAAUGGUGAAUAUAUUCUCUAAGUUUUGAAUCAUAUUAUAGUGAAAUGUUAAUGAUUGUUAUAAAAAAGGAAAAAAAAUGCCUUGUAGUCUCUCUGCCAAGUGCUAGGGUGUUUUUACACAGAAUUAGAAAAAAAACAUGCAAAACUUAUGAUUGCCUCUUCGUUUGAUGAUAUCUGUUGCUCUGGAACUAUAGCACUUACCAUGUCCAUUCUCCUCUAAAGGUGUGGGUCUUUCUUUUCUGGAGUGGUCUAUAACAAAUAUAUGUAUCUGUAGAGAGA